GGCAGCCCGUCGCAAGGCUUUCUAACAGUCGAACCAUGAUAAUCCUCUUUUCGCAAAAGCUAGUCACGCCUCAGAUGAGGCACGGCUGAGUCUUUCAAUUAUUUUCUGUUCCAUCCCUUCGCCGUUCUUUCAGUUGAAGGUUGCGGUCCCCCCAGCUCCGACCACCGUCGUCAUGAUUGGUACCUCUCUCCCGGAGCUCGUCUUCAUCCGCAUCUGCAUACUCGCGCUGCGCGUCAUAACGCCUCUCUCGAUAUUUUACCUCUCCUUCUGCAUUGCGGAUCCGCCUUCCUCCGUCGCCGGAAAGUUUCUUCUUGCAUACUGUGCCUUCGAAGCUGCAUUUUGGCUUCUGGUGUUCAUACCCCGCAAGCGCUCCUUGCAGUCCGCCGCUGUCCAUCCUCCAACGCUUCCGUACGAAGAGCGCAAAGCAUUGUUUUGGAAAUGCUGGGACAAGAUACCCAACCCUGAUUACUUCUUGAGCAAGUGGUUCCUCGGAGCGCGACCACACGAGAUCGGAAGGGAGAAUGUGAAGGACUUCUACCGGUGGGCCCUACUCAACAAGGGAGACGAAGGGAGACAUGUCGUGAAGGCAGAGGAGGUUGAAAGAAGGGUCGAAGAAGAGCAGGAGCUUGAGGAAUACGUGGAUGGUAUUGAAACCUUGACAGGGCAGAAAAUUGAGCCCGGUCGUGGACCAGCCAAAUCCCUAAGACUGACGAUCGACGACGUAAAGAUGUUGCAUCGGCCCUUGCUAUGGUACAUGGUCAUUGGAUUAGUUGAUUCCCUUACAGCGGCAUAUCUCUUCUACAACAAGUUCCAACUUUAUGGGGUUUCCUUGCGCCGUACAUUCUCGAUUUUUCCCUUCCGCCUUGCAAAUCUUUGUACGCGUAAGGGAUCCGCUUCCCCUGACCUGAGCUACUGGUACCGUCCUCACACAUCCCAAACUCGACUUCCUGUCCUCUUUAUACAUGGCAUCAGUAUAGGAUUAUAUUCCUAUGCACAGUUCUUGACCGAGAUCACCAAACACGAUCCGAAGGGACCCGAGGAUGGCGAAAUUGGCAUUAUUGCGAUAGAGGCAAUGCCGAUUAGCUUCAGAAUCACAGAACCCAUACUAGAUAGGGACCAGUUUUGCCGACAGAUUUUGCAAAUACUGAAUACACAUAGCUGGGACAAGGUCGUUCUAGCAAGCCACUCGUAUGGCUCUGUCAUCACUACGCAUCUACUCCAAAACCCAGACACAAGAAGUAGGAUUGGACCAAGUUUGUUUGUGGACCCAGUAACAUUCCUUUUACAUCUUCCAGAUGUCGCCUACAAUUUCACCGCGCGAAAGCCAAAGCGUGCCAACGAACGUCAGCUUCAUUAUUUUGCUUGUACGGAUAUGAUGGUUUCACAUGCGUUAGCGAGGCACUUUUUCUGGGCGCAGAACAUUCUUUGGGAAGAAGAUGUUAGAGGUCGUGAUGUCACAGUCUCUCUAGGCGGAAGAGAUCUGAUUGUCGAUACUGAAACCGUGGGUAAAUACAUUGCUGGAAUAGAUAUGAAGUCAGAGGACUCGAGCUGGAAGGAGAGGGCCUGGACAGGAAACGGCCUCGAAACACUUUGGUUUCCUACCUGCGAUCACGCACAAGUGUUCGAGAGGGCCGAGGGUAGGAGAAGGUUAGGAGAUGUGCUGAGAAAGUAUUCCGAGCAAAAAAUCGAUGAAGAGGAAGAAGACUUUCCAUGAGCCCGGCCGAUUGAUGGCCGUAAAUCCAAAGAAUUCAGAUGAAGUACUUAAUAUUCUUGUCCGUAAAUAAUGAGUCGCCAUAAUUGC